GCUUGGCUAAAGCAGUUAGCAACCAGAUAGAUACACAGUCGGCGCUCCAUCAAACCUUACAUCUGUGGAUGAAGCGAACCAAGGGGAAACAGCUGUAUGCAGGCUAUGUUAGCGAUCUGAAACGGCAACAUCUGACUGUGGACACGUAGGAGAGAGUAUUUUCCUACAUACAUUGUGCUGUCAUUUUCUGUCUGCUGUUUUGUGGAUAACAAAAGCGAAUUCGAUUCGAACGGAGUCAUUGGAACAGACGAGUGAACGAGAAUUGAACCGCAGUGGAUGUCUUGCUCUUUCUGUGUUCACAUCGUAAUACAACUGUAGCUGAGUAAUCGCAUGGAGAUGGAGUAAAAUUGAGGUCAUCUGGAAUUGAAUUGCGGCUGAGAGAUGGAGAAUUUGUUUUGUCCGCUCUGAUCUAAUAGGAGGGAGAGAAGAACUGCUGGAUACAUAGGGGAUACAACUCCGAUAUGAACGUGGCUUUCUCGCUCUGCUUGAGGUAGCUGCUAAAGCCAAUGAAAGACAGCGGUCUUGAGAACGCAUACGGUCGCUUUCGAAUGUAGAUAUACCCGUUUAUUAUUGCACAUUUAAAUAAAAACGAAUGUGAUCUAAUACUAGUAACUAGGAAUAUCGUUGCAUAUUUUGUUGUUGAAUUACUCUUCCAAGUAUCAACCAACCGAUCUUCUACGGGAGAAUGGCCAUAAUACGAAAGUGAAUCUGCCCCUUGCUUUGGAGGCAGUGGAGUUAAUGGUGUGAGUGAGAUUUCUCCCUCCCCCACCAUCACUACAGAGACACGCCAGAGGCUGUCCACUGUCCAGGCCCAAGCAGUCAGCCUGAGCCUGCUAGUACAGACUAUCUGGCCUCCUCUUCUUGUGGUCCCUUAUGCUCAAUGAAGGCUAUCUCUGGGUCGCUACAGGAUGGAUGGUGUGGAUUUGACGGUCCUUGUGUGUCAUCAUCAGCGCUUGCUCCUCUGUGACUGUUUCCUGUUCUUUUCCAUUUAUAAAAGAACGCCCCCUCUUCUGGGCCCAACCACCCCUGAGCGCUGUAAAAGUUAUAGUAACUGUUGUUGCUAAGUGACACUUACAGAGGAGGUUAAGUUAACUCCCCCCCCCCCCCCCCCCCCCCCCCCAUCCAAACUCCACAGAGGGUUUUCUCCAGAGGUUUUAUUUUAUAUACCCAUAUUAUAUAUUUCCCCUCUCAGGAGUUUGUUUGGAAGACGCACAGGUGUUCGGUUCUUCACAACAAAAGUUUUGGUGUAUUGUUGGUUGAGGUUUACAGUUACUUUUUCUCAAGUUUUUUGUUCUUCCUUGUAAUUUAUUUAUACCUCAUAUUUUGGAGUUUUUUUCUCAUUGCUCGCUCACACCCCCUGGAAUAAAAAAAAUCAAGAUGUCGGAAACAGACAAGUUCCUAGCCCCUUUCCCUCCACCGCCCAAGAAUGUGAAUGGUUCCAGCUCGGACACGUACCUUGGUGAGAAUUUGGGGACCGACGGUGUCCGCCGACGCCGCCACACCAUGGACCGCGACCCCAAACAGGCCGAACAUCGCUUCUUCCGGCGCAGCGUCAUCUGUGACUCGAACGCCACCGCCUUAGACCUCCCCAGCAAGGCCGUCAUCCUCACCUCCCCGCCCGACUGCGAGCCCCCCAGCCUGGGCUGGCUCUCCCUGGCUGUCCCCUCUGUGGUGGUACCCGAGCCGUGCCUGGCGGUGGCCGAGGUGGAAGCAGAUGAGGAAGGAGGGGAUGGGCCUUGUAGUGCGGUAUUAGGGCCCAGUGUUGGUGGCGGUACUAGAGUGGGUGGUACGGUAGUGCAGAUAAAGCCAUGCACGGCAGUAUUGGAUGUUUGCGGCGGAGAGAAAGGAAAGAAGCUGUCGUCGUUAGCCGCUGCAGAGGCUCCUGGAAUGGAGGAGGUGGCGCCCAGUAAAGCGGGAGAGCCCGCGGAGGAGGAGAGCGGUAGUGUUACAGAGGAGAUGCGAGAGGAGAAGGAGAAGGGGGCCGCUAAGGCCCUGUUAGAGGAGCAGAAGAGGGAAGCAGAGAAAAAGGUUCAGGACGACAUAGAGGAAGUAGAGACCAAGGCCAUAGGGACCUCGCUGGAUGGACGCUUCCUGAAGUUUGACAUUGAGAUCGGACGCGGAUCCUUCAAGACGGUCUACAAGGGCCUGGAUACGGAGACUACAGUGGAGGUGGCGUGGUGCGAACUGCAGGAUCGUAAGCUGUCUAAGACGGAGCGUCAGAGGUUCAAGGAGGAGGCUGAGAUGCUGAAGGGUCUGCAGCACCAUAACAUUGUACGCUUCUACGACUCCUGGGAGUCUCCCUCCAAAGGAAAGAACUCCAAGUGCAUCGUGCUGGUCACAGAGCUAAUGACAUCAGGCACCCUCAAAACGUAUCUGAAGCGGUUCAAGGUGAUGAAGAUCAAGGUUCUACGUAGCUGGUGUCGUCAGAUCCUAAAGGGGCUCCACUUCCUCCACACCCGGGCCCCUCCCAUCAUUCACAGGGACCUGAAGUGUGACAACAUCUUCAUCACCGGCCCCACUGGCUCCGUCAAGAUAGGAGACCUGGGAUUGGCUACGCUCAAACGGGCGUCCUUCGCCAAGAGUGUCAUAGGUACCCCAGAGUUCAUGGCCCCUGAGAUGUAUGAGGAGAAGUACGACGAGUCAGUGGAUGUGUAUGCCUUUGGGAUGUGCAUGCUGGAGAUGGCCACCUCAGAGUACCCCUACUCCGAGUGCCAGAACGCUGCACAGAUCUACCGCCGAGUCACCAGCGGAGUCAAGCCGGCCAGCUUUGACAAGGUAGCCAUACCAGAAGUGAAGGAAAUUAUCGAGGGAUGCAUCCGCCAGAACAAAGAUGAGAGAUAUGUCAUUAAGAUCCUGCUGAGCCAUGCGUUCUUCCAGGAGGAGACUGGUGUGCGUGUGGAGCUAGCCGAGGAGGACGAUGGGGAGAUGAUCGCUAUCAAACUGUGGCUGAGGAUAGAAGACGUCAAGAAGCUGAAGGGAAAGUACAAGGACAACGAAGCCAUCGAGUUCUCCUUCGACCUCAACAAGGACUUCCCCGAAGAUGUGGCACAGGAAAUGGUCGAGUCUGGCUAUGUGUGCGAGGGAGACCACAAGACGAUGGCCAAGGCCAUCAAAGACCGAGUGUCUCUGAUCCAAAAGAAGAGAGAACAGAGGCAGCUGGUCAGAGAGGAGUUGGAGAAGAGGAAUCAGAAGCAGCAGUAUACCCUACAGGCAGCAGAGGCCCUCAGAUCCCCCCAGCAGAGUCAGUUACACCCCCAGCCCCCUAUAGCCCAGACUGAGAAGGAGGACCCAGAGAUGGACCAGCAGCAGUACCAACAGGCCAACAUCUCCAUGACAUCUGACGGAGCGGUGGACAACGGCCAGGGUUCGUCCGUGUUCUCUGAGUCCCAUCUGGGCCAGCUGACCAUGUCCUAUAGCAACAUCCCUGCCACCCAGCAGCAGCAGGGCCAAACCCAGGCCCCCUCCCCCUCCCCUUCCCCCCAGCUGCAGCAACAACAGCAGCAGCUCAAUGCCUACCAACAGCAGAACAUGCCGCAGUCUGUGACUCACCAGUACGGCAGUGGAGGAGGAGUCUGGGCCUCAGCAGGCCUUCCGGACCCCACCCCGCCUCUCUUUCUCCCCUCCAUUCUGGAGCGCCCCAUCUCCUUCUCACCGCCGCCUGCCUGCCCUCCCUCCAAGGCCUACAACGCCCAACGCCGCAAGAGCACGUCCAUCUUGGAGGCCCAUACGCGCCACUUCCAGCCUGCCUACCCCCGCUACGCCAGCAGCCUGCACCCCUACCACCCGGGGAUGGAGGGGCUGGGCGUGGGUGGAGGAGGAGGAGUGGAUGGGCACCUGGGAGUGGAUCCCUCGUCCCUCUUCAUGGUGCCUGGCUACGGUGCUCCGAGGCUGGGGUCGGUUGGAGAGCCCAUGCACCAGCACCUCCAAGGUCAGUCCCUCCAGGACCCUCUGUACGGUUACAAGGACGUGAGGGCGGAGCAGCAGGAGGAGGUGGUGGAGGCUGUGCGGAGGCUGAGUCUGAACCAGGCAGCGUUGCUGGAUCACUUCGAGGCCAUGGCCUAUGGGGGCUACCCCAUGACUGCUCACCAGAUCAACCAGAUCAGCUUCCACCAGCAGAUGCAGGCUGCGGCAGCCGCCAGCCUGGCCGUGUACGACCCUCCACAGCCGGCCUACGCCCAGACCUACCACCCCCACAUGCAGAGUCACAUGCGCCUGACCCACAGCCCCAUCCCUCAGCUGCCACCCAUGAGCACCUUGGGCCCGCAGGCCUCGGGUACUACCGAUGGGUACCAGCUGCAGCACUCCGCCUCCUUCCCCCAGUCCGCUCCCCCAGUCAUGGAGCCCCCGCAAGGCAGCGUGUUCGAGUUCCACGUCCAAAACAUGGCUACUGCAGCGGCCGCCGCUGGGGCCGACUCUGGCGUGCUGGCCUCUAGACUGUACCGGGCUCGCCGCGGCUCCAUGGACCUCAACCUGGAGGAACAGGGGGGACCAGGAGGACAGUCAGGGGGGUCUGGGACCUACAGCCGCCUGCAGCCAGUCACUGAGGAACUGUACAGCUACAUCAGCCCUGAGAUGCCUCUCCCUCCCGGGAACCUGCUACUGCACCAGGGCCAGAAGGACUGCAGCCCGGAACCUUCCAGUGACUCCAUGGCCUCCUCUGACUGUGGAGAGUUCCACUCUCCUCCGCCCCAGUUCGGGGCCUCCUCGGCCGCCCAGUCCAUCCCACACACCUACUACGGGACGGAGACCGGGGGGAGGGACGCCACUGCAGAGGGCCAGGGAGUGGGCCACCCCCCAAGCCAGCAGACCUUUCUGUUUGUGCCUCCCUCCGAGUCCCCAGGGCGUCAGUCCUCUCACGUUAACAUACUACACACCACCUGGGCCCGACAGACGAACGUCCAACCCGACCUCUCGUAUCACGAGUUUCCUCUGGCCAUGCAGAGAAACCCUGGGCUGCAGUUGCAGCAGAUCCCAACCUCCCAGCCCAACACUGGACACCCUCCUGCCCCCAACUCCCAGCCAGUCCCCAUCGCCCACCAACAAACCCCCCUGCAGGCCUCUCUCCCCCCCACCUCCCAGCCCAUGGUCUCUCAGCCCCAGCAGCAGCAGGCAGGCAGCACCGUGGUACAGAGCCCCUCUCAGAACCAGCUACCCCCUGGACCACAGCCCACACAGCCUUGCAGUAUGGCUCCACCUCCCUCCUCAGUGGGACUUGUCUCUGUGGCACAGAUGGCCUUCAAUCAGCCCUCGGUCCCGGUUACUGCAGCUGCAGCCCAAGGGGCGGCGUCACCCCCUGGGGGAGCCCUGGUGUCCCCACAGAGCCCUAUAGCAGCUGCAGCCUUACCUCUGCCUCCUGGGGCUCAUCCUCUACCUGGUUCUGUAUCUGCACCCACUCUGGUGACUCAUCCACCGCCGGUGCCACCGGCCUCCCCUAUGCCGCCCCAAAUGAUGCCUACUCAGCCGCUGGUCGUUGUGGUGCCCGUCAUCAGCGUAGCCAGCACUUCCCCAGAGCCGCCAGGAGAUGCCCAGCCCCAGCCCUCCCAGACGGCUCCUCAGCCUUUGUCAUUGGACCAGUCACAGUUACAUCCACCACAAGUGCCCUCGUCCAUGGAGAGCGGUCACUCUGACGUGGCGUCCGGCCUGAGCGAUGGAAAUGAUGGAGGCAGACAGGAGGGGCGCUCCAUCAAGCGACACCAGCGACGCUCUGUACGGAGUCGCUCUCGUACCGACAAGAUUGGCAAAGCAAAGUUGAAUGUACUAAAUAUAUCCAACAUGGGCGACAGGGUAGCUGAGUGCCAGUUGGAAACGCACAACAGAAAGAUGGUGACUUUUAAGUUUGAUCUGGAUGGAGAUAACCCAGAGGAAAUAGCACAGAUUAUGGUCACCAGUCUGUUUAUACUGGAGAGCGAGAGGGAGUCGUUCAUGGAGCAGGUCCGUGAGGUCAUCGAGAUGGCUGACGAGAAGGGUCUGGAGAAAGAUGGAAACACCCAGAUUGUUUCCCAGAUAGUUAGUGACCUCCAGCAGCAACAGAUCCCUGCUAUAUCUGAACCGUUGCCAGGUAUCCCUUCCUGUGCAGCCCAGGUGGUCCACUCUGCAGGCAGGAGGUUUAUAGUCAGCCCCGUGCCUGAGUCCAGACUCAGGGACCAGUUCUUUGCUGAUUCACAGUCCUUUCACGCCGCCCGUGCUGUAGCUGCAGGUCAGGGUCUGUCCCAGUCGGCCUCAGCGGUCAGCCUGCAGCAGGCCUUCUCAGAGAUGAGACAGAACCAGGGCCAGUACGACCCAGGGCCCAGCACCGCUCCUCCCUCCGUCCACAUAGCCUCCCUGCCUGUCCUGGUCCCUGCUGCAGCCACCACCACCACCAUCCCAGUCUUCUCCACUGCUCCUAUAGCCUCUGCUCCUCUCCCCCAUGCUCAGGUUCCAUCUGAGGCCUCUGUGACCUCCCCUCCCCCCCCAGUCUCCAUCUCCCCUCCAGCCUCUACCUCCAUCUCUCCACCUGCACCCAUCCACCAGGCCACCGCCCCCAUCCCCACCCAGCUCCAGUCUGUUGAUACCCAGCCUCUCCUUUCCCAGGCCCCUCUCACCCUGCCGGUGACCCAACCCGUGGUCUCCUCCGUACCUAGUGUUACAGCCACCUCUGUGUCCCCCCCAGUCCCUGCUGUCCUCCCCAACACAACUACCCUGUCCACCUCAGCCUCCUUCCCCCAGACCUCUGGCUCCAUCCCUGGUGGUCCCACCACCUCCAUACCCACUACAGUCCUUUGUCAUUCUGCCACGGCCCCCCUGGUCAGCAGCUGUAGCAGUGAUAGUGGAGGAAGCUCAGAGCAGCUCCCUGUCCCUUCCACCGCUACUGUAGUCCCCACCACGGCUAUCCAAGGCCCCCUGCUAGCCCCCUCCAUUGCUAACCCCAGUGCAGAGCUCCCUUCUUCCUCCUCGCCUGUAGCCUCUCUAGCCCCAGGGGCCACGGUCCCUACCUUACAGCCCAUCACCACCACCAUCCCCGUGGUCCAGCCCACCCUGGUGCACACCCAGCCCCAGCCUGCUACAAUGCCCAACCAGACCCACGCCCAGUGUGGGGAGUGUGAGGUGGCCCUGGGCAUCGAUGACAUCCACGCCCUGGAUAAGAAGCUUCGCUCCCUCUUCAUGGACCUGGGCGGCGGUGGAACCACCCAGGCCGAUGGCUCUGUCGACCCAGCCGGAGGCACUGGUGUCCCGGGAACCUCUUCCCCAACCGGCCACUCAUCCACCCCCAGCUCCACAGGCACCCCCCUGCCCCCCUCCAGCCUCCCCCUGGCCUCCUCAGGACCAGGGCAUGUCUCUGGGACCCCCCUCACCACCCCGGGACAGGCUGGGACCCCUUCCACCUACACCCAGACUACCCCGGCCAAAGCACCUCUGUCUAGGUUACCGGUGUUGCCUGUGGGCUCAGAUCAGGCUCAGGCUGGCCCCCCUCCUCCCUCAGACCACAUGGCACCCUUCCCAGGACCCUGUCUAACUCAGUCUCAGCAGCCUCUGGAAGACCUGGAUGCCCAGCUGAGGAGGGCCCUGAGCCCAGAGACGGUCUCUGUCAGCUGUGUCACCACACAGUCCUCCCUCACUGGGAUGCCUGCAGGUGGCCAGCCAGUGCCUUUCUCUCUGGAAGGGGAACCAAUCAUGUCGCCUAUUGCUGGAGGAUUCCAAAUGGGACGAUUCCAGGUCUCUGUGGCUGCAGACCAGCGUCCCCACAAAAUCGAGGGAGGGAGCCCCACAAAAUCCUCCUCCACCUCCUCUUCCUCCUCUUCCUCCUCCUCUUCCUCCAGCCCGGAGAACACACUGCACAAUGUCUCCUCCCCUCUCCACGGAGGUAAGACUGGCGGGGGAGAUGUUGUGGACGGCCUGCCCUCCCUCCCCCACCGGACCGCCUCCCCUCAGCCCACCACCAUUGGCCGCUUCCAGGUCACCACCAACGCACCGGAUGCCAGGGUGGGCCGCUUCUCAGUGAGCCGAGCCCAGGAUGAGGCAGCCGAGGCUGGGUUGGAGCAAACACCCGCUUCCCAGGCUAACGGGCCUAGUAUUGAUCCUGGCUCGGCCACCAUGCUCCUCAGCCCAGAGGACAAACAGAGCUCCCUGCCCAGCCUCAACAACUCCUACAUGAGCUCUGAUAACAACUCUGAAUUUGAGGACGAGGACUUGAAGAGGGAGGUCAACCGGUUACGGGAAAAGCACAUGAAGGAGAUCCAGGCCCUGCACACCAAGCAGAAGGAUGAGAUUGACUCCCUGUUCGCCAGGCUGGGCAAGGUGCCUCCAGCCGUGGUGGUCCCUCCGGCUGUAGCCCUGGCCGGUCGCAGGAGACGACCCACCAAAAGCAAGAGCAGCAAGUCCAGCCGCUGCAGCUCCUCCCAGGGCAGCAAGAGCCCCCUGCAACCAGGCAGCACUUUAUCUGCACAGAGCGCCCCCUCAGUGUACCCACCCUACCAGGCUCUCCUCCUGGCCCCUGGGGGCCUCCCCGACCCCAACCUCCACCCUGCCUCGGGGAGCCGACCCCGGCCCCUCAAGCAUCUCGGCCCCUCCAGUGAAAACCUGUGCUCUGCCUACACCAGCGAAGCUACGCUGUCCGUGCCCAGUCUCUGUGCCCCCACCCAAGGCUGUGUUACGUUCAGCUGUGGGUCGGAGAGAGUGACCAUCAAACCAGGUGGUGGCAGAAGGACCCGUUUUCUGAGUACGCCCUGCUUGGCUCUUUGGAAGAUGGUGAAAAAAGUCUGCCCCUGCAACCAACUCUGUAGGACCAGCAGCACCAACACAGUGAGUGGUCCAGGAGGCCAGGGUCCAGGAGACCAGGGUUCAGGGGGUCAGAACCAGGGCCAGCCUUCUCCCAACCCCCCUCAACAGGGCCGGAAGGGCACGUUCACCGACGACCUGCACAAGCUGGUUGACAACUGGGCCCGCGACGCCAUCAGUCUGUCCCAGGGCAAGAGUCGCUCCAAACAGCAACAGCAACCCUCACAGGGACACAGCUACCAGGCGACCCCGUCCACCAACAAGGGCCGUAAGUUCUCCGCCCCGAGUCAGCUGUGCCCCAGCAACGCCUCUUCCACCCCCGCUACCUCUCUGGGAGGCCGCAAGGGCUCCUUGUGUCCCCCUCCCCAGUACGGCGGGGUCGGGGCAUGCUACCCCUCCUCCACUGCACCUUACAGCAGCGCCCAGUGGGUGGGAUCCACGGGGUCCACAGGGCCGGGACAGGGUCAGGCCGGUAUGUUAGCCUCCUCUCAGCCCCUGGUUGCCUCCUCCUCGCAGUACCCCUCCUCUGCCACUGGGGGGCAGGGCUCCCUGCAGGGCUUCCAUCACAUCAGCACUUUGCAGAAAUCCGUCAGCAACCCUGGAGGCCCCAACCUGAGGACCACGUAGUGGCCAUGAGGGGAUGUUAGCCAUGCCGGGCUGAGAGACUGACAGACUGAGGGAGAGAGACAUGAGGAAUGAAGGGUGUCUGUGUUACAAGGGGGAGAGGGGCUUGUGUGUUACAAGCGACAUCAUGGUUGGUGGGACUGUAUUGAAUGUGAAUGAGCUGGCUGUGAAGAAGAGGAGGAGCAGGAGAGAGAAGAGUCAGCUGCUGUGUGAAAUGGUGCACCACUCUGCACUCUUCUGUUUCCUUGAAGGAUAACAGGAGAGGGACACACUUCCCCUCUCCCCCCACCCCCCACCCCGAGGUCAACUGUGGGCCUUGGGGGUCGAAGAAAGACGCAAAACGGGACAAGGAAUACCAAUGGACACGAGUGCAAUGUUGUGGCCAAAGAGGCCAAAGAGGGUUAAUGUGACAAUUACUAUUGUAAAAUGUGUGUGUGUGUGGUGAUGGGCUUUGUUCCUUCACUGUGUCUGGCUUUUACAUGUACUCUAUAGUAGAGACCAGAGCCUUGUACUGAUCUCAGAGAGGAGGGAUGGAGGAAAGUAACAGACCAAGGGGGGUGGUGGUGUACUUAUCGUUGGGGAGCUGCAGUACAUAGCUAACCCCCUUUCUCCUCUCACCUAUCUGAGCCCCCCCCUGCCUGUUCAGCUCCUCCUGCUGGUAACUGACCUCCAGAACAGAGCUUUAAGUGACUGUACAGUACUAUACAGCUCCUCCUGCUGGUAACUGACCUCCAGAACAGAGCUUUAUGUGACCGUACAGUACUAUACAGCUCCUCCUGCUGGUAACUGACCUCCAGAACAGAGCUUUAAGUGACUGUACAGUACUAUACAGCUCCUCCUGCUGGUAACUGACCUCCAGAACAGAGCUUUAAGUGACUGUACAGUACUAUACAGCUCCUCCUGUUGGUAACUGACCUCCAGAACAGAGCUUUAAGUGACUGUACAGUACUAUACAGCUCCUCCUGUUGGUAGCUGACCUCCAGAACAGAGCUUUAAGUGACUGUACAGUACUAUACAGCUCCUCCUGUUGGUAGCUGACCUCCAGAACAGAGCUUUAUGUGACCGUACAGUACUAUACAGCUCCUCCUGCUGGUAACUGACCUCCAGAACAGAGCUUUAAGUGACUGUACAGUACUAUACAGCUCCUCCUGCUGGUAACUGACCUCCAGAACAGAGCUUUAAGUGACUGUACAGUACUAUACAGCUCCUCCUGCUGGUAACUGACCUCCAGAACAGAGCUUUAAGUGACUGUACAGUACUAUACAGCUCCUCCUGCUGGUAACUGACCUCCAGAACAGAGCUUUAAGUGACUGUACAGUACUAUACAGCUCCUCCUGCUGGUAACUGACCUCCAGAACAGAGCUUUAAGUGACCGUACAGUACUAUACAGCUCCUCCUGCUGGUAACUGACCUCCAGAACAGAGCUUUAAGUGACUGUACAGUACUAUACAGCUCCUCCUGCUGGUAACUGACCUCCAGAACAGAGCUUUAUGUGACCGUACAGUACUAUACAGCUCCUCCUGCUGGUAACUGACCUCCAGAACAGAGCUUUAAGUGACUGUACAGUACUAUACAGCUCCAGUAGAAGUCCAUUAUGAGUUGUGUAGCAUGUUGAGGAGAUGUGAGGAAGGUUAUGGGGUCAAGGAAUGAGUUUGUGAGGCUGAGGUGUGGGACUGGUGCCAUGUAUGUAGCUGGUCAGGCAGUGUUGACAUCCGGAACCACAUGUACUGCUAUUCCUAUAUAUCAUUUAGGAUGUUCAUUGGUGUGUGUAAGUGGAGAGUCAGUAGAAAAGGCCUGGGGGUUCAUACCCUGCUCUACCCCUCCUGUUGCCAUGGGAUGCAAUAAGAACACCGUGAUAGAAACCUCCUCCUUAAUAUAAUAAUAACACAUAAAGUGACCUUCAUUAGGAAAACAAUCCAUGACCAGAUUCAGAAUGUCAUUUUUUUAUGAUUUUUUAAGAAUUUGGGAUUAUGAUGAUUCCAUGUUUGAUUAGUGUUUUAAUUAUUUUCCUCUGUCCCCAUUGAACUGAGGAGACUCUUCUGUAGCAUGAUGAAAGGGUUAACGCUAGGGUUGACCCUCCUAUCCAGGAACUCUCUCUCAGUAUAGGGCCUUUAAAGAAACUACAUCUCCCAGUAUAUAGGGCCUUUAAAGAAACUACAACUCCCCUCUAACCAUGCUAACCAUCUCUUUACAUGAUUGGAGGGGAGUAGUGUGUGUGAGACCCAUCUAUCCCAGUCUUAACUUCAGGCUUAUAGUUACUCCAUUUUAAAAUGUGCUGUAUCUGGGAGGCUGAUGAGAUCCCCAUCCUGAAGCAUAAAGUCUGUACAAGCUGGCUCGUAGUUCCCAUCUACAUAUCCCUAAUGAGAGAGCCCCCCUGAACUAACACAGACAGGACUGAAGUAGAUUCUCUCAGACUCAACUCCAUAGUCUUCUUUUUCACAGGUGGUUUAGCUCUGAGGGAAUGCAGGGUGAACGGAAGGAGGUAUGUCCUGUUGGCUCUCUGUGUCACACAUUAUAUUGUUUUCACGGUUGUGAGGUAGGUUGGUGUUGGUCCUGCGUGGACCCAGAAACGGACAGGUCUCGGUGGGGCAAGGAGAGGACUGGACGUGGGCUGGGCUUGGAGGUAGGCUGCAUGGUGGAUGAAAAGUAAUGCCUUGGAUCUCCAGCAACACAACGCCGUCUGUCCUUGAGGGCUUGUGAAGCUUUCAAACCUAUGAUCUAUUAGUAACAUAAAGCCUUUUAUAAUCAUGAUGUUGACAGCGUUAGGGGCCUCGAUCUCUCUAUUUCUGAGUCUUUUCAAUAGUGUGAUUGAAAACAAAAAUGUACAUUAUUAUUCUAUUUAAAAAAAACAAGAAAUGAAAAAAAGACAAGUGUUCUGUAUGGACCUGUAUUUACCCAUCAGUUUCUGAUGUUGAAACACUGUGAUUAUUAUAAAUGUUGUUGGACAACAUGAGUUUAAGAAGAAAAAAGACAGAAAAAUACAAACAAAAAGACAGUUGGAGGAAACGUUAUGGUGGAUUGGUAAUACUUAGGCUGAACAAAAUAACAAAAUAAAAGGCUAGCUAUUUUCCUUAUCCAGUACUUAUCGAGGUCACUUUAACCUUUCUUCUCUUUCUACUUUCUUUAUAUUAGAUAAAUGUGAAUGUUAAAUGGACUCAAUUAACGUACUUGAAUAGUAACUUGGGGUUGAGUGCCAAAUAACACCCUAUCCCUUACACGGUGUUCAACCUUUCACCAGGAGCCGAUAAGACCUCGAUCAGGGCCCAUGGGGCUCUGGUCAAAAGUAGUGCACUAUAUAGGGGAUAAGGUGCGAUGUAGGACUCACCCUUGGUCUUUUCCGUGUCCUUUCGCCCCCCAGUACUCCAGUGAGAGCUCUGCUAGAGUUUCUAGUGCCUUCCAUUAUUUAUUUUGCUUCUUUUUUUUUGAACAGUUUCUUUGACAUAAUGGAGUAACGGAAGUGCUGUUGAUUUCUGCUACAUUGAAGUGCUUUACUGGCUCUGUGGGUACAAAAGUCAAAGGUACACUGGGAAGGGGAGACGGGGGAAGGUGGGCUGUGGGGUUUUUGUUUCUUUGUGCCAUUUAUUGUGUUAGUAUUGGGGUUAAAUACAUUUUGAUUUGGGGGGGCGGAAGACAGACUUAGUCCUAGACUCUGCAGAGAGUAGGACUGGAUCUGAUGGUGAAGCUUGGACAAACUCUGUAUUUGAAACAGACAAAGGAACGCAGACAACACAACAACAGAGUGAGGCUGAACCAGGGUUACCUUAACAUUUAAAAUAAAGGGUCUGUUAGGAACGGAAUGCUUGACUGUUCCGUUUGUUCUAGUGUUCGGGGGACACGUUUCAGAUGCUAGAACCAUUCAUUCAGUAUGCAAGAGCUCUCUAGCUAACACUGAGCCUAUCAUUAGACCCACUACAACAAUCAGGCUAUCUUUACUGACGGCCUGUCCACGGAGCCUUGAGUGUGUCCGACACCAGGCAGCACGGUAUACAAGCCUCGUGUUGGUGGUGAAAGAGAGGGGAGGAAGUGGUAGACGGAUAGGAAUAGAGAAGAGAAAGUCAGUCAGUGAGAAACGGUAUUUGUGAGAAUGUCUCAAAAGAGUUAAAACCAGAUUGUGGUGUUUUAUAGUUUACUAACCAGGCAUAAUGUGUGUCUACUGUCAGUGGGGCAGUCUUAGGUUGUGUCCCCCAAAUGACACCCUAUUCCCUAUAUAGCGCACUACUUUUGACCAGAGCCCUAUGGACCCUGGUCAAAAGUAGUGCACUAAAUAGAGAAUAGGGUACCAUUUUGGACGUAGUCUUUACAGUAGUAGUUGUGACUGGGCCCUAUGCCAUUUAAGGUGGGUAAAGUGAAAGUGGAGUUGAGGUAGAAGCCAGGGCUAGUGGAGGCAGAAGAGGAGAGGUCAGGGGACUCUCUAUCUCCAACACAUGGCAGUAGUACUGUAUGCUGUGCUGCUGGGUUGAGGUAGAAGCCAGGGCUAGUGGAGGCAGAAGAGGAGAGAUCAGGGGACUCUCUAUCUCCAACACAUGGCAGUAGUACUGUACGCUGUGCUGCUGGGUUUGACCAACAAGUGACUUCCUCACCACAAAUGCUGGUGGUUCAAGCCCAGCUAUUUCAUCAUCUGCUUAAUGCUGCCCCAGUCUCUUUAAUGAAACCACCUGUGGCUUUUAGUGCAGGUUUGUAGCUUGUUCUAAAGUAGCAGACAGUCUCACCACUCACAAUGAAGACAAAUAAAUGGUUGGUUCCAUCAUUAUUAGAUUUAUUCGACAUGGAUGUUUUAGUUUUUUGGUUGAUGUCCUUCUGGUCUUUUUGGAAACCUUACAAAAUGUUGUAAUGAUAGAUGAACAGUGUCCGUGUCUUUCUCGUUACCUGACAGUGUUGUAGACAGUAAAACUGGUCCAGUCUGUGUACAACAGAAUAGUUCAUUAACCCCUUAUCCUUUUCAAAGCAACUGUACAAAACCAUUACCUGGGGUCAAACAUGUUUAAAACCGUAGAAAAGUGAUUUUUAAUAAACACUCGUCACCUUAA